UCAAACCCCAAUUGCUAUAAGGCUAAAAAUAAAUUUUAAAGAACCUAACCCUUACGACACCGUAUUCCUAAUUGUGCCUCGCAGUUUCUCAACUCCACCUCCGUCGAUCUCUUCUCCGGCGAUCUUCUUCUCCGUUACCCCUAUAUCUCGCUCUUUGUCACUCUCUCUCUCUCCACACACACACACACACACGCAGAGAGAAACACACACAUACAUUCAUUGCCCAUUGCCUUGACUUGCUGGUUUAACUGGAAAGAAAGCUCGAGAGAUCGAUCAAUCAAAUAUGGCGCAAGUUCCCAAUUUGGAUAACGCUCCCAUAAAUCUGAAAUCUCUAAGAGAUCAAUCACUGAAAGAACUUAUUACGAUUUUGAAGAACAUUAGGGGGAAAAAGUGUUUGGUAAUUGAUCCUAAGCUUGGCGGUUCACUCUCUCUUAUUGUACAGAGCUCACUUCUCAAGGAGCAUGGAGCUGAAUUGAGGCAUCUUAAUGCGGAACCAGUUCAAACUGAUUGCACGAAAGUAGUUUAUCUAGUCCGAGCUCAGCUUGAAUUGAUGAAGUUCAUUUGCUCUCACAUCCAUAAUGAUAUUUCUAAAGGGAUUCAAAGGGAGUAUUUUGUUUAUUUUGUCCCUCGUCGUGCAGUUGUAUGUGAGAAGAUACUUGAGGAAGAAAAAGUUCAUCACCUGUUGACUAUAGGGGAGUAUCCCCUUUAUCUUAUUCCACUGGAUGAGGAUGUAUUAUCAUUUGAACUUGAUGUUGCUCACAAAGAGUACCUAGUUGAUGGGGACACUACCUCCCUGUGGCACAUAGCAAAAGCUCUCCACAAACUCGAGUUUUCCUUUGGAGUGAUUCCAAAUGUGAGGGCCAAAGGGAAAGCAUCAGUUCGUGUUGCUGACAUUUUGAAUCGGAUGCAGUUGGAAGAACCUGUGAACACAUCUGAGAUGGGUGUGCCUGAAAUAAAUACUAUCAUCCUCUUGGACAGAGAGGUGGAUAUGAUCACUCCAAUGUGUUCGCAGUUAACAUAUGAAGGGCUGCUGGAUGAGUUUCUUGGUAUCAAUAAUGGUGCUGUGGAACUAGAUGCAUCUAUUAUGGGUGUCCAGCAAGAAGGCAAGAAGAUAAAGGUUCCCCUUAAUUCAAGUGACAAGUUGUUCAAAGAGAUACGGGACCAGAACUUUGAAGUUGUUGUCCAGGUUCUACGUCAAAAAGCAACUUCCAUGAAGCAAGAUUACUCAGAGAUGCAGACUACGACCCAGACAGUCUCCGAAUUGAAGGAUUUUGUCAAAAAGCUGAACUCAUUGCCAGAAAUGACUAGACACAUAAAUCUUGCUCAGCAUUUAACUACAUUUACAUCCAAACCUUCAUUCCUUGGCCGACUUGACAUGGAGCAAACUCUUGUUGAGGCUGAAAGCUAUGAUAUAUGCUUUGAGUACAUUGAGGAGAUGAUCCAUAAGCAAGAGCCACUUAUCAAUGUUCUACGUCUUCUUGUCCUGUUCUCAAUAACAAAUUCAGGGUUGCCCAAGAAAAAUUUUGACUAUUUGAGGCGAGAACUGCUUCACAGCUAUGGUUUUGAGCAUAUAGCAACCUUGAAUAAUUUGGAGAAGUCUGGAUUGCUUAAGAAACAGGAGACUAAAAGCAAUUGGAUAACAAUUAAGCGUGCUCUGCAGCUCAUAGUGGAGGAUAUUGAUACCGCUAAUCCCAAUGAUAUCUCCUAUGUCUUCUCUGGGUAUGCACCUCUCAGUAUUCGCCUGGUUCAACAUGCAAUUCGAUCUGGGUGGCGGCCGAUUGAAGAAAUAUUGAAGCUGCUGCCGGGUCCACACUCAGAUAUUAAGAGGGGUGGAUUUUCCAGCAGUCCGUCAUUGGACACAUUAAACGGGUCUUUGCAUGGCUCGGACAAAGUUGUUGAUGGAAGGCGUUCUUUGGUUCUUGUUGUUUUCAUUGGCGGAGUGACAUCUGCAGAGAUCUCUGCUCUUCGUUUCCUGAGCGGCCAGGAAGGGAUGGCAUAUGACAUUAUUGUAGCAACUACAAAUAUUAUCAAUGGAAGCACAUUGACAGAAACAUUUGUGGAGAAAUUGGGAUGACUCGCUAAGUUAUAUUUGAUCGAUCAUCUCUGGGAAAUCUCUGCUGCUUGCUUGAUAGGGAUGCAUAGUUUUUACUGCUGAAUUAUAUGUGACAUGAGACGACUGAGUGGACUUACCUUUCCUAAGAUAUUUCUCUCGUUGCGAUUUGUCAACAUUUUGUCUGCACUGGUUUGUACGACAACGAUGCUGGCUUCUGUUACUGUUACGGAUCUAAUGUCUAUUUUCGUCUUCUUGAGCCGAGGGUCUUUCGGAAACUGCCUCUCUAUUCCUCCGGGGUAGGGGUAAAGUCUGCAUACUUUACCCUCCUUGGACCCUACUUGUGAGAUUUUACUAUGUGGUGGUUGUUGUUGGUUUUUACGAACACAACUGUGUUAUCUUUAUUGAGGUGUAGGGUUAGAACGCCCUCUGUGUGCCUCGAGUGGCAGCAGUCCUAUUUCCGAGAUUGGAGUGUUCUGUUAUCUGUACUAUGGUUCUUUUGAGCAAUGUAAGAACAAGACGGUGGAUUUAUUUGUUUUGUUCUAUCUA